CCCUCCCGCCACCAUGGCCGCCACCAUGGCCGCCGCCAGCGCCGCAGCCGCCCCGGGGCCCGUCAAGAUUGGAAUUAUUGGUGGAACUGGCCUGGAUGAUCCAGAUAUCUUAGAAGGAAGAACAGAAAAAUAUGUUGACACUCCUUAUGGCAAGCCAUCAGAUGCUUUGAUUUUGGGAAAGAUCAAAAAUGUGGACUGUGUGCUCUUAGCAAGACAUGGAAGACAUCAUACAAUUAUGCCAUCGAACGUCAAUUACCGUGCCAAUAUCUGGGCUUUGAAAGAAGAAAAUUGUUCCCACAUAUUAGUUACUACUGCCUGUGGUUCCUUACGAGAGGAAAUACAACCUGGUGAUCUUGUCAUAAUUGACCAGUUUAUUGACAGGACAACUAAAAGACAUUGUACUUUAUACGACGGGCAACAUUCCAGUCUUCCAGGAGUAUGUCAUAUUCCAAUGGCAGAGCCGUUCUGCACCAAAACCAGAGAGGUUCUUAUUGAGACUGCCAAGAAGCUGGGGCUCCAGUGUCAUUCCAAGGGCACAAUGGUCACAAUCGAAGGCCCACGUUUCAGUUCUCGAGCAGAAAGCUGUAUGUUUCGCAGCUGGGGAGCUGAUGUUAUCAACAUGACCACAGUGCCUGAAGUGAUUCUUGCAAAGGAAGCUGGAAUGAGUUAUGCUAGUAUUGCCAUGGCAACAGAUUAUGACUGCUGGAAGGAACAUGAAGAAGCAGUUUCAGUGGAUAAAGUUUUAAAGACGCUGAAAGGGAAUGCAAAUAAGGCUACUAGCAUACUCCUUACUGCUAUACCUCAGAUAGGUUCCAUGGAAUGGACCAACACCCUGCACACCCUGAAAACAACAGUGCAGUGUUCGGUCAUCCUGCCAAAGCAGUAACAACCUGGAUGAACCUUGGAGUGCUUGCAAGGAAGAGUGGAUCACUUUUGAACUUCCAGAGGUUAUAAUAUCUUCAAAAAUUAUUAGAAGCAUAAAAGAACAGACUAAAUGUUAACCAGUGAUAAUAUGUAAGGCCGCUGUUAUCAGUUUGAUAAUGUAUAAGAUGAUUAAAAUUAGCUAUUGAGUAUGUUUUCAACUAAAAAUAACUUUACUGUCAAGCUGGAUCAGACAAUGGUUGAAGAAAAAAAGUCAGUAUCCUCUAUUCAGUGGUACCUUUUAACUGAUGGUAGAAAUGAAAGUCUAGGUAAUACUCUUUUUGUAGUUUCAUAAAAUAAGGUAAGAAAAUAAAGCAGAUUUGCAGAUAGGGUAUUUGUGUUGCUGUUUCUACCUCCCAUCUUUUCUUAAAAGUGGUUGCAAUUCACUUCUGAAACAUAACAGAAAAACUGAACAAAUCGUCAAAUAAAAUUUAUGCUAUUUUUAUACAUUAUCCUUAUUUUUAAUUCCAGUUAUUUCUUUUUAGAGCAGUGUAUUUUUUUGUGUGCUAGAAGACAAGAUUUAACAAUUGUAGUGGUUCUGUCACAGCAGCAGGUGCAUAAUGAAUUAAUGUUCUCAUUGAAAAAGUGAAGUAAUGCCUAGGCCAGAUUUGUGCCUAAAGAUGUACUUAUGUGACUUACAGAAUUGUACUGAAAAGUGCUUUGCUGCCAGUGUCCCACUAUGCUGGCCAUUUUCUGCUUCUCUGAACAACUCCAGGUUUAGUUUAUGUAUUAACUGAUUAAUGAGCUCAAGUGCUUUGAAUGUAUGCAUUUCAAUUUUUUAAAUAUAAUUUUACUUUAAUAAAAUAACCUGCUGCUUCUUGUCUAGUUAAUUAAAUGCUUCUCCAAGCUGU